AUGUCAAGUGCUAGAUCAGACCACCUGACUCUUGGUUUUGCCAACCCCAACCAAGGUCGCUCUACUUCGCCAACUACCACCACCAAAUCUCAGUCUCCUAUCGAGUCAAGCAUCAGAUCACCCUUCGGCAUGUCGGGCACUCUGAACCCUCCUGGCAGCAAGAUGGCAGGCACCACGCGAUCGGGAGCCGGCUCUCCCUCGCACGACCUGCCUGGCUCGAGCAGGCUAUUCUCUAAAAGGGCAAGAGAGAUCCAAGCUCAAGAGGGCGUUCCGGGCCUGCCUCUUAACCCCUGGGGCGGCCCGCCAACAAGCGGGAACUCGACCCCUCUACGUGAAAACAUCCCAGAAUCCCCGACAGACGGAUUCCCCGACUUUGCCCAGCUACCGACCCCCGACAGCCUGCCGUCGACAGGACGACGUGCUCGUGCUGGCACCGUCCCCUCGAGGUUCCCUGGUGCUGCGGUUGGCAAUGGGCUGCUGAGCAUUCCCACACUCAACGCCCAGUCUUUGCGAACUAGUCCUUCCCAAAGUCCAUUCAACAAGUCGCCCUCUCCUGGAUUGGCCGAACCGCCCUCUGACGCAUCGCGCUCUGCGUCUCUCCUGUCGAGGUUGAGGGCCGGCUCCAUGCCGCAGCGUAGCCCCUUCUCCAACAUCCCUGGUACCAGCUCUCCUUUUGGCCCGACCCUGUUUAGUGGCAGCUGGAACCCCUCGGGCCGCGAGCGUGGAAACACUCUUGCUAGCAUCGCGAGUGUUGGAUCCAACGGCCCCAGCUCCCCCGCGCAAUCAGCCUUCUCCAAGGAGGGAACCGGAGACAACGACGUUCAUAUGAGGACACUCGACUACCUAGGUCUGGCUGAGACCCCCCAACCUGCCCGCGCCCAAUUGGCAACUCCCUACCUGCCUGGCUUGGCAGACUUCACGAAACAAGCAAACCGCUUCCGCUCGUACUCGGUGAACAACAAAGACAAGUAUGCCGAUGAGGACGAAGACUACGAUGAUUUGGACGAAAGCCAGUACGCCGCAUUACUUCAAAAUCAGAUCGCCCAGACCAACGCCGCGAUUCACAGCCACAACAUUGCUGUGCAGAACCUUCAGUUUGCCGCUCAAUCGAUGAGCCGGCCACGAGCUAGGACCGUCGGUGGUAUGGAUCUCACCGGUGCUGGCUCUAGGGGUCUGCGGAAUUAUUACCCCACGCCGUCUCGCCUUGACAACUCUAUGACGACUGCGGAGAUCCGCCUGCCAGACGAGAAGGAUUUCGACGAUCUUCCCCAGGCCGUGGCAGCCAUGAACUUGGGGAGGUCAAGUAGCCGUAACAACGGGCUUCUGACCGCAGAAGAAGCUGGCCUCGAAGGCCCUACGAGCGCCUUGUGGCUCGGCAGUAUUCCGACUUCCACGACAACGUCCACUCUAACCGAGAUGUUCAAGCAGUACGGACCUAUCGCGUCGGUACGAGUCCUGACUCACAAGAACUGCGGAUUUGUCAACUUUGAGCGAGUCGACAGUGCCAUCUCUGCAAAGGCGGCCAUGAACGGCAAGGAAAUCUUCCCAGGAGCUGGCCCAAUCCGCAUCAACUUUGCCAAGCCACCCUCAGCGUCCAACACUCCUGGCCCCGAUGGUAUAUUCCCAUCUCCUAGUCCCGACCCAUUCGCCAAAGGAGGAGACGCUGGUGUGUCCAACUCUGCAGCUGCCUCUGGGGAAGGAAAUGCCACUGCGACGCAGACAAACGCUGCCCCUACGAUCCCUCCCCUGCAUGAGAUGACCUCGGACAUCAUGCAAAUAGUGAAGUCAUUUGGUGCUUCAGAAGAGGAUUCGUACAGGAUCUCUCACAGCUUGAACUCUGCUAUCCAGUUCACAAACUUCGCUGAUGAGAUCCCUCCAAUCCGAGAGCCCACUCAUACUCGUGUCCAUGACGCACCGAAGCUCAGAGACAUCCGCAAGCGCAUCGAUAACCAGACCUUGUCUCAAGCGGAGAUUGAGAACAUCGCCAUUGACAUGCUCCCCGAGAUUGCCGAGCUCGCGUCGGACUAUCUUGGCAACACGGUUGUCCAGAAGCUGUUUGAGCACUGCUCUGACGAGGUUCGGGAUGCCAUGUUGGCCGAGAUUGCCCCUCACCUGGCAGAAAUCGGUGUCCACAAGAACGGCACAUGGGCCGCGCAGAAGAUCAUUGAUGUGUGUAAGACACCGACUCAAUUGGCUCUGAUAGUCGAGCAUCUCAGGCCAUACACUGUCCCGUUGUUCCUGGACCAGUACGGCAACUAUGUGCUCCAGGGUUGCCUGAAGUUCAACUCACCGUUCAACGACUUUAUCUUUGAGACGAUGCUUAGCAAGAUGUGGGACAUCGCACAGGGCAGGUAUGGCGCAAGGGCCAUGCGAGCUUGUCUUGAGAGUCACCACGCGACCAAAGACCAGCAGCGAAUGCUUGCAGCUGCUAUUGCAUUGCACAGUGUUCAGUUGGCGACCAAUGCCAACGGCGCUCUACUGCUGACGUGGUUCUUGGAUACCUGCACCUUCCCCCAGCGCCGAAGUGUGCUGGCGCCCCAGCUCGUGCCAUACUUGGUCCACCUCUGCACACACAAGGUCGCUUACCUGACGGUUCUAAAAGUCAUCAACCAAAAAGCGGAGGCCGAAGCACGGGACACCAUUCUCAAAGCUCUGUUCUUUACUCCGAAGGAUCAGGUCCUGGAGGCAAUCUUGAGCGAUCAUGCGUGCGGUGCCACCUUGAUAUUCAAGGUUCUCACGACACCUUUCUUCGAUGAGAGCAUAAGGAGCCAAGUCGUCGAGAAUGUCAAGAACGUUCUCGUCAGGAUCAAGGCUCAGCCAAACCAGGGAUACAAGCGCCUCAUGGAUGAAGUUGGCUUGUCUACGCGCAACGGAGGUGGCGGUUCCCGAGACCACUCGACCGCUGCUUCUGAGCGUCAACGACCUGCUUCAAGACAAGCGCAUGCGCAAGCUAAUGCUGCGGCCGUCCAGCAAAACGCCCAGUAUGGCAGCCAAUACUUGAACCCUCUGAAUCCUGCGAGCGGCCCCGGAAACUACGACAUGGGCUUCGGUAUUCCUCGGAGCGAUAGCGUCGAACCCCCUAUGCCUCCUUUCCCGCAAUACGGGCAGCAGGGCCCUCUGUUCAACGGCAACAACUCAUCCAUGGUCCCCAACCUACAGCAGAUGCAGUACCAGCAAAACAUGUUGCCUCGUGGAAAUCAGCCCAUGAACAACUUCUACCCUCCCAUGCAGGCUGGUUUCAACGGUUACAACAGCCCCAGUCCUUCGAUCGACCAGUACCGCAACCAGAAUCUGUCCAAUGGCAGUCCUAUUCAGCCUCCCGGUGCUCCCGCUGGCUUUGGCCCUCCGGGUUUCAACAUGGGUAUGGGUAUGGGCGGUUACCCUUACGGCGGGAUGGGUGGAAUGCAAAAUAUGCCCUACAUGCAAGAGCAACCCGUCAACGCUCGGCGCGGACGCGUAGGUCAACCCACCCACAGAGGCAGAAAAUCACCUCGACCGUAA